CCCAUGAUGCUUCAUCCAAUAUGGCUGCGCCCCGGCAUCAGGCAUGUGUGUAAACACAGUUAGUCUAUACAUUGUUGUUUUUAUACAAAUUUGAAACGUGGAUUACAUAUAUUUUUUUAACAUUCAUCAGAAAAAUAGACACGUCAAAAAUGAAGAUCAAAUCCAAGUCGUCGUAUCAUAAAUCUGAGAACACAUUCAGGUUUCUCACGUUUGCUGAAAGGCUUGCCAAUGUCAAUAUCGAUGUCAUCCAUCGCAUUGACAGAGCUGGGAGUUAUGAGGAGGAGGUAGACACUUACUUUUCAGAAGGACUGACAAAAUGGAGGGACCUGAAUUUGACAGAGCAUUUCACCACCUUCCUGAGGGAGGUGUCCAACAAGAGCCAGUCCUUCAACCUUCUGGUGUUCCAUCAGAGGUCUAUAGUGGAGAGCCUGAAGACUCACCUUAGUACCAAGAACAGCCUUGCCUGCCAGCCGCUACUGGACCUGGUGGUCCAGCUGGCUAGGGACCUCCAGAUGGAUUUCUACCCCCACUUCCCUGACUUCUUUGUGAUCAUCACCUCUCUCCUGGAGACCCAAGACACCGAGAUACUGGAGUGGGCCUUCACCUGCCUCUCCUACCUCUACAAGUACCUCUGGAGACUCAUGGUCAAGGACAUGACCAAGAUGUACAGCUUGUACAGUACACUGUUGGCACACAAGAAGGAACACAUACGAAAGUUUGCGGCAGAGAGUUUUUCUUUUCUGAUGAGAAAGGUGCCAGAUCUUGACGCCCUUCUCAACCACAUGUUCCUGGACCUGGAGGAGCACCCUGGGAAGGCAGAGGGGGUGGGACAGCUGCUGUUUGAGAUGUGUAAAGGAGUCCGCAACAUGUUCCACUCCUGCGCUGGCACGGCCCUCCCAAUUGCUCUGAGGAAGCUUGGACCAAGUGCUGACCAUGAAGUAUCUCUACCCUGGGAUGCUGUCAGAGAGGCAUUGGAUCAAAUGGCCCAGGCAGCAGCCAAUCACGUAGAGAAAGAGCACUUUCUGGUUAUGUGGGAGUCUCUACAGACGUGUGUGAGUGAGGCCCUACGGAACCUGAAUAAGACUGAUGUUGAUGAGGAGGGUCAGGCCUCCGACCACUUGGAGCGUCUGCUCUUCAUCCUCCAUACCCUGGUGGGACACCGCAACGGAGCCAAGAUCACCAAGCCAGACGCUGUCUGUCAGGCAGUUCAUGAGUUGCUCCAGACCCCAGCCCUCCCAGGACCCUGCUGUAGACUCGUGCUCCAGAUCAUCUCCUCACUACUGCUGGGGGAGAAUGUCUCCCUGCCUAACACACUCACACAGGACACGGUCAAAAAGGUGUUCAGCAGUGGGAUGGACCAGGACCUGAUACUGGAGUUCACUAAGGAGAUGUUCACCAUGAAACAGUUUGAACAGUUCUUCCUGCCCAGUCUGCUACAGUACCUAGAGGGUUUUUUCUCCAGUCUAGACUCUGUGUCUCGUCACUCUGCCAUGGAGGUGCUGGUCAGUCUCAUCCUGGCUAAAGCCCCGCCCCCUACAGACGGCUCCAUGGCCUUCGAGACCUACCCCCUGGUCUUCACCGGAAAGAACCCCGGUAAGGAGCCAGGUGAUGGGACAGAGAAGGUGUCAGUACCAGAGUUGAUCCUCUCUCUGAUCAGCCUACCGCAGGACCCGAACCAGACCAUCACUGACCUGUCCCUGCCCUGGGCAGCCCUGGUCCUCCUGCCCCACCUCAGACCACUGGCAGCAGGGUGUGUCGUUCCCAGUCUGACAGCCCUCCUCAAUCGCCUGCUACUGAAUGUGGAGAGAGAAGCGCUGGGGAAAGGCGGUCUGUUUGUGGCCAGGCAGGCCCUCAGCUCCCUGCUCAGUCUGAAUGGAUCUGCUGAGGUUCUCUCCCUGGUGCCAGUGGAGCGGGUCAAGCCCAUCAUCCAGAAGUUCCCAACAGACAUGUCGGCUCUGUUGCUAGGAGACCUCUACUACACCCGGCUGUCAGUCAACGGCUGCUCCGAGCACCUAUCCCACGGUGCUCUGCUCGACCUGCACCAGAUGCUGCACGUCAACCUAUCCUCCAACAGCUCCAAAAUCCGCUUGCUGACACUGAGGAUUCUGACCCACUUUGAGGCUGACCUCAAACCGUCAGAGAGUGAGGACAGUGUGGAGGUCCAGCCUGUGUUUGCAGUGUGUUUUCAGGCUGAGUUGGUCCCUGCCUCCGUGCAGGACUACAGAGAGAAGCUGCUGCACCUCAGGAAGCUCAGACAUGACCUGGUAGAGAGAUCACUACCCCGGGGGACACAGGGGACCUUCCAACAGGUGCCUCUACGCUAUCUUAUGUCCAUGCUGUUCGUCAACUUCAAACCCCUGUGGGACCCAGUCAUUGAACUCAUCGUGACCCAUGCCAGAGGAAUGGACAACAAAGAAUUCUGGAGGGUCUACCAUGAGCAGCUGGAGUUGGUGGCAGGUCUUGCUGAAAAGGAGCUGCGUGAAGGCGACGAUGAUGCCGAUGAUGAAGAUGGCGGCUCGGCGCUGCAAGGGGAGCCGGGCUGUGAUGUCAUCGAGAGCGGGGACGUGGGGGUGCUGUUCCUGCAGCGUCUGAAGAUGACCUCUGAACCCAGCGAGAGGACAGACUUCACUAACUUCAGGGGCCUGCUGUGGAGGGCCAUGGCUCUGGUCCCUGACCGCGUAGAACCACGCAGUAGGGAGCUCAGUCCACUGCUGCUACGAUUCAUCAGGAAUGAGUUCUACCAAGCUGACCUGCUGGUGGCGCCUACUCAGGACCUGAGGAAGAGGAGCAGUCCUGCUGCCAUGGAGGCUAGCACGGUGGGAGAGGAAGAGGAGAACAGGGAGGAGGAGGAGGAUAGACCAGAGAGGAAGAUGCCACCAAAAAGAGCAGCAGCCAAGCAACUCAUCGCUCACCUGAAGGUGUUUGCCAAGUUCACCAACCCUCGCUCUCUGUACCUGGAGAAUAGCCUCAAUGAGCUGUAUACUCAGUUGCUGUGCCACCAGGACCAGCAGAUUCAGAGGGCAGCAUUGGAGUGUGUUCUGACCUACAAAGACCCCAACGUCCUCCCCUACAAGGAGAAUCUGGAGAGGCUGCUGGAUGACAAACACUUCAAGGAUGAGAUCGUUCACUUCAACAUCUCAGAGGAGCAGGCCAUGGUGGACGCCUCGCACAGGGCCCAGCUUAUCCCGCUGCUUAUGAGGGUUCUGUUUGGGCGGAUGCGCAGUAAGACUGGCAGUAAGUUCCAGGGCAAGUCUGGCGCCAUGCAGCGUUCCUCCGUCGUGCUGAGGUUCCUGGCAGGAUGCCAGUCUGAGGAGCUGGGCAUGUUCAUUGACCUCCUGCUGGAGCCCGUCUGCCACCACGGACAGGGUCUGUGUCUAGCUGCAGUAGACAAAGCGAUAUCCGAGACGGACUUCUCUGCCGUCCUUCCUCUGGGUCGGCAGCACAGCCUGCUGAACAUAGUCAACACAGUCAUCAGUAAACUGGGCCACCUCAUCAACACACACCUGCCCAGGGUGCUGCAGAUCCUACUGUGUGUCACCGCCUCUGUCUCCACCAUCCUCAACCAGAGAGAACAGUUAAAGGCCGGCUGUAUCGCUCCUCUGAAGAACCUGAGGCGCCUGGGGGUCCUGCGGAUCCAGGACUUCUUUGAUGGCUUUGACUCGUACAGCUUCACCCCAGAUGAGCUCGAUGCCGUCUUCCAGGCUAUCGUCUGGCCCCAGGUCUGCCGUCUGCCAACAGAGAGCCCCUACUCCCCCACCCCCCUCCUCAAACUCAUCCACGUCUGGAGCAAGAAUCCCAGGUACUUCCCCCUCCUGGCCAAGCAGAAGUCUGGUCACCCGGAGUGUGACAUCCUCCUCAACGUGUUCGCCCUGCUCUCCGCCAAGAAUGUCUCCACUCAGACCGUUGCCAUGGUGAUGGACAUCGCCGAGUCCUUGGUGACCACGAAGGACCUUCUGGUUUCGGAGGGUGAGGAGGCGGAGCUGAGCGUCAACGGCAGUGUGUUCCCCCAGCCACCAGAGGGAGCCUACAUCUCUUUGGAGCAUCUGAAACAGGGUGCCAGGCUACUCCAGCCCCACAUCUCCACCCUGCUACAGUACCUCAGUGGCAUCGUACGCAACUCUGUCAGACUCAAGAAGAAGAAGUUUAGAUCCCAGGUGGCCAAGGAGCUCAACAUCCUCUCAAAGCUCAGCAGGUUUGUGAGUGAUAAGGACCAGAGCUCAGUGCUCAUCCGCCUGCUGCUGCCAUACCUCCAGAAGGCCCGCAACCCACAGGAGACCGAGAUUGACAUCCUGUCUACAGUCCAGAACCUGCUAAGACAGUGUUCUAAUCCCGCCUCCUUCCUCAAGCCUAUCAGUCGACUGUUCUCCAUCCUCCACAACAAGCUGCCCAGGCAGGCCCUCACCUCCGUCUUCCAGACUCUGGGAGACCUGGAAAGGGGACUGAAGUACAUCACAGAUACAGCUGCUAAGUUGAAUGCGUUUGACAGUCGUCACCUGGACGAGGUGUACUUCGACGUGCGUCUCACAGCCUUCCAGGAGGCCACCAGGAGGAUCAACGACAUGGACACGCUGGAUAUGAACUUCAUCUACACCAUGAUGCACAACUGUUUCGCCUCCUUCGAGAUUGGAGACAUGUCCCUGGCUGACAACGCCACCUUGUGUCUGUCUGCUGUUCUUACACGUCUGGCUGCAGUGGGUCGGGGAGACGAGGACUACAAGGAGAUAGUACAGUACACCAUACUGGACGCAGUCAGGAAAGGACUGAGGAGCAAGACUGAGAGUGUGCAGCAUGACUACACCACAGUGCUGGCGUGUCUGGUGAAGACCUUCCCCACCCGUAGAGACUUCAGAGAUCUGGUGCAGCUCACCGACUACAACGACCCCGAGUCGGACUUCUUUGAGCACAUGAAGCACAUCCAGAUCCACCGCAGAGGUCGCGCUCUGAGGAAGUUCGCCAAGCAGCUGACGGAGGGUACGGUUGUGAUGUCAUCUCGUUCCCUCCAGACCUACAUCAUGCCCUACGCCAUGACUGCCCUCUUCGACGAGAAGAUGCUCAAGAAUGAGGGUAUGACGUCAGCCUCAGUAGAGGUGAUAGGAGCGGUGUGUAGGAGACUGACCUGGUCUAAAUAUCUCUACUACCUUAAACACUUUGUUCACAUACUGCAGACUGGACAGGCUGAACAGAAACUGGCUGUCAGUCUGUUGGUGACUGUUCUAGAGGCGUUCCACUUUGACCAUGACACUCUGGAGAGAGAAAUGGAGGCAGCUAAGACCAGGGCCAAAGACGUUGUGAGCACCGUCGUUGAUGAAGAAGUUGAUGAGGAAGAUGUGGCAGCUGUCGAAUCAGAGGAGAGUGACACUGAGGAAGCCAUGGAAACUGAAACAGACACGAAAACAACCACCAUAGAAACGGCCACGGUUGUUACUAUGGACACGGGCGCCGCUGAGACCGUUGAGGGUGUUGCUAUGGAAACAACCGCCACAGAAUCUAUAGAGGAGCCUAAAGCUGUUCCGGCGAGGAAGCCGACCCCCUCCACUACUGCGGCUCCCAGUGGAUUACCCCAGAGCAAAGCAGAGCUGGAGGCCCUGAUCACCUCUAUCCAUGCCACUGUUCAAAAUGCUGUCCUGCCCAGGCUACACAAGUGUCUGACCGCCAAGGUGAAGCGAGAUGAGGAGUGCAAGGCGGUAAAGUCUAAGGACGUGAAGGAGGAGGAGGUGGCCAGAGUUCCUAUAGCCUUCGCCAUGGUUAAACUGAUGCAGACACUGCCCUCGACAGUCAUGGACGUCAACCUGCCUGGCAUCCUGAUGAAGAUGUGUGUGCUGCUGAGGAAUCGUUUCCAGGAGAUCAGAGACGUGGCUCGUAACACCCUGAUUAAGAUCGUCGAGACUCUGGGGGUCAAAUACCUGCAGUACCUACUGAAGGAGAUGAAGUCCAUUCUGGUUAAGGGCUACCAGGUCCAUGUGUUGACUUUCACGGUGUACCAACUUCUGUCUCACCUCGCCCCUAAACUGAAGCCUGGAGACUUGGACCACUGCAUGGGCCUACUAAUAGAUAUCUUCAACAGCGAGCUGUUUGGUGCAGUGGCUGAGGAGAAGGAGGUGAAGGGGAUCGUCUCUAAGCUGAUGGAGGCCCGCCACAGUAAGAGUAUGGACUCCUAUGAGUUCCUGGGCCAGUACUCUGGCAAGGACAGAGUCAUACAACUCAUACUGCCAAUGAAAGAUAUCCUGGAGAACACAGCCAAUCUGAAGACAGCCCGUCGCGCCCAUGCAGUGUUGAAGAGGAUAGUGUCAGGUCUACUGGUGAACCAGGCCAUGGACCAUCAGGCUGUACUACUGCUCAGCCAUGGCCUGGUCUCAGAGAGUCUGCCCCUCGUCACCAAGCGGAACAAGGACAAAAAGCCCCAGGCGCCCCCGGACCCUCGCCUGCCUCCUCCCAGCUGUCUCCUCUUGCCCCCCACCCCAAAGAGAGGAGGACUUAAAGCCCCCGUCAGUAGCCGCACCAACAUGCACAUCCUAGUGGACACUGGACUCCGGCUGCUCCAUAUGAGUCUGAAGAAGUCCAAGGUGAACUCCUCUGAGGCCUCUGCUCUUGAGAUGCUGGAUCCCUUCUUUGCUCUGCUACUAGACUGUCUCAACUCCAUGCACGUCAAGGUGAUAACAGAAGCUCUCUUAGCUUUUACGUUCCUGUUGCGGUUCUCCCUGCCAGCUGUAGAGCAGAAUGCAGGCCAGCUCACCAAGCAGCUGUUUGUCCUGCUCAAAGACUACUCCAAGGCUGGCGCUGCCCGCGGAGAGAACUUCCAACUCGUCCAGAACUGCUUCAAGUCCAUCACCAUCCUAGUAAAGAACACGAAGACACACAAGAUAACUGAGACGCAGCUGCAAGUGUUGCUGGGAUACGCUGAGGAGGACAUCUAUGACCAGUCACGUCAGGCGACAGCCUUCGGCCUGCUAAAGGCCAUCCUGUCCAGGAAGCUGGUAGUGCCAGAGAUGGAGGAGCUGAUGAAGAAAGUGGCCAAGCUGUCUGUUACCGGGCAGAACGGCAUGAUCAGGGUCCAGUGCAGACAUAUUUACCAGAAGUAUAUCCUGGAUUAUCCUCUGGGGAAGAAACUGAGAUCACACCUGGACUUCAUCGUGGCCCAGCUCAGUUAUGAGUUUGACACAGGAAGAGAGGCUGCUCUGGAGUUGAUGGCCUAUAUCUUCCAAACCUUCCCUCAGAACCUGCUGCUGCAGCACAGUGGGUUGUUCUUCGUCCCUCUGGCACUGGCCAUGGUGAACGAUGACUCGGCUCGCUGUAAGAAGAUGGCCGCUGUUGCCAUCAAAUCACUGCUGAGUCAACUGGACCAGCAACACCAGAACACCCUGUUCACCCUGGUCAACACUUGGCUGUCUGGAGACAAGGUGUCUCUGCGUCGUCUGGGGGCCCAGGUGUGCGGGCUGUUUGUGGAGGUAGAGGGGGUUCAGUUUGGCCGCCGUUUAGAUGCCCUGCUGCCCCUCAUCGAGAAAGAGAUCCACCCCAACAACUUUGAAGACAUUGAGGAGGAGCAGGAUGAGAAGGCAGCAGACAGGCUGCUGUUCAGUUACCUCACCCUGGUCACCAAACUCACCAAGGACUGUAGCCUACUGGAGCUCAGCAAGCCUCAAGACACUCUCACUAACAUCCUGGGUCAUGUUGAGACCCACCUGCGUUACCCUCACUGUUGGGUGUGGUUGACUGCCUCUCAACUGUUUGGUCAGCUGUUUGCUGCCCACCGGCCAGACCAGCUGGUUGCCCACUGGAGAGAGGAGACCACAGAGAAGGGCAGUGCCAAAAACACCACCACACCGGAACCUGUGGCGACCACGUUCCUUACAACCAACCUAGACAAGAAGAUGAGAGAGUUGGUCCUGUCAUUCUGUCACCAGCUCCAGUCGAAGUACCUGGACACGUCAACAGGAGAACAGGUGAUCAAGAACCUGCUGUUCGUCGCCAAGGUGAUCUACCUGAUCUCACCCGAGUCUGAAAUCCCACCUGCCCGGGAAGUAGAGGAGGGGGGGGAGGAAGAAGAGAUGGAGAACGGAGGAGAGCUGGAGAACGAUGGAGAGAAAGGUGAUGAAGAAAAGGAGGAAGAGAAGCAGGAGGAAGAGGAGGAUGAGAAGGAUGAUCGUCCUCCAUCCUUACUGUGGAUGAUGAAGAAGCUGUCUCUAAUGGCUAAGAGGGAAGCUGCAGACACGCCCAAGAUACCCCUCAAGAGAACAUGUGUGUUUAAGUUCCUGGGGGCCAUAGCUGUGGACCUGGGUAAAGACAGGCUGGGUCCUUACCUCACCACCAUCAUCGCCCCUCUCUACAGAGAACUGGACAGCACCUAUGCAGACCAAGACCCCACCCUGAAAAACCUGUCCCAGGAGCUAAUAGAGCUGUUGAAAAAGCAGGUGGGGCUACAGACCUUCUCCCUGGCCUUCUCAGCCGUUCAGAAGGAUGCCUCACAGAGGAGGGCCAACCGCAAGAAACACAAGGCUAUGCAGGCGGUGGCUAACCCUGACAUCGCAGCCAGGAAGAAGCUGAAGAAACACAAGAACAAGAUCGAGGCCAAGAAGAGGAAGAUUGAGUUCCUGCGGCCUGGCUACAAAGCCAAGAGACAGAGGAACUCACUCAAGGACUUGGCGAUGGUGAAAUGAUGUUAUCCAUUAUAUAGCAAGGAUGGAUGAGAAGACCAGGCAACCGUGUCCUGCUUAAUGCAGGAGCUGACAGUCGCAAGCCACCUCUGUAUGAAUUCUCAGUCAAGGAUUUGAUAUGUUUGUGCAUUUAAUGUAACUUUUUUUAAAUUAAAAAUAAGUGCUACUUUCUUUGAACAGUA